AUGGCCUCACAUGUGCAAGUCUUCUCCCCUCACACCCUUCAAUCAAGUGCCUUCUGUAGUGUGAAGAAACUGAAAGUAGAGCCGAGUUCCACCUGGGACAUGACUGGGUACGGCUCCCACAGCAAAGUGUAUAGCCAGAGCAAGAACGUACCACCUUCUCAGCCAGCCACCACAACCGUCAGCACCUCCUUGCCGAUCCCAAACCCAAGCCUACCUUACGAGCAGACCAUCAUCUUCCCAGGAAGCACCGGGCACAUAGUUGUAACAUCAGCAAGUAGCACUUCUGUCACUGGGCAAGUCCUCGGCGGACCACAUAACCUAAUGCGUCGAAGCACUGUGAGCCUUCUUGAUACCUACCAAAAAUGUGGACUCAAGCGUAAGAGUGAGGAGAUUGAGAACACAAGCAGCGUGCAGAUCAUUGAAGAGCAUCCACCCAUGAUUCAGAAUAAUGCAAGUGGGGCCACCGUAGCCACUGCCACCACAUCGACUGCCACCUCCAAAAACAGUGGCUCUAACAGCGAAGGUGAUUACCAGCUGGUUCAGCAUGAGGUGCUGUGCUCCAUGACCAACACUUACGAAGUUUUAGAAUUCCUGGGCCGAGGGACGUUUGGGCAAGUGGUCAAGUGCUGGAAACGGGGCACCAACGAAAUCGUGGCCAUCAAGAUCCUGAAGAACCACCCGUCAUAUGCCCGGCAAGGUCAGAUCGAGGUGAGCAUCCUGGCCCGCUUGAGCACGGAGAGCGCCGACGACUACAACUUUGUCCGCGCCUAUGAAUGCUUCCAGCACAAGAACCACACGUGCUUGGUCUUUGAGAUGUUGGAGCAGAACCUCUAUGACUUUCUGAAGCAGAACAAGUUUAGCCCCUUGCCCCUCAAAUACAUUCGCCCAGUCCUCCAGCAGGUAGCCACAGCCCUGAUGAAACUGAAGAGCCUAGGUCUCAUCCAUGCCGACCUCAAACCAGAAAACAUCAUGCUGGUAGAUCCUUCCCGACAGCCCUACAGAGUAAAGGUCAUCGACUUCGGUUCGGCCAGUCAUGUGUCCAAGGCUGUGUGUUCCACCUACCUGCAGUCCAGAUACUACAGGGCUCCUGAGAUCAUCCUUGGUUUACCAUUUUGCGAGGCAAUUGAUAUGUGGUCCCUGGGCUGUGUCAUUGCUGAGCUGUUCCUGGGCUGGCCGCUCUAUCCAGGAGCUUCUGAGUACGAUCAGAUUCGGUAUAUUUCACAAACACAGGGUUUGCCAGCUGAAUAUUUAUUAAGCGCAGGGACAAAGACAACUAGGUUUUUCAACCGUGACACAGACUCACCGUAUCCCUUGUGGAGGCUGAAGACACCAGAUGACCAUGAAGCAGAGACAGGGAUUAAGUCGAAAGAAGCAAGAAAGUACAUAUUCAACUGUUUAGAUGACAUGGCCCAGGUGAACAUGACAACAGAUCUGGAAGGGAGUGACAUGUUGGUGGAGAAGGCAGACCGGCGGGAGUUCAUCGACCUGUUAAAGAAGAUGCUGACCAUAGAUGCUGAUAAGAGAAUCACUCCCAUCGAAACCCUGAACCACCCCUUUGUCACCAUGACACACCUCCUCGAUUUUCCCCACAGUACACACGUCAAAUCAUGUUUCCAGAACAUGGAGAUUUGCAAGCGUCGGGUGAAUAUGUAUGACACGGUGAACCAGAGCAAAACCCCUUUCAUUACACAUGUGGCCCCCAGCACAUCCACCAACCUGACCAUGACCUUCAACAACCAGCUGAAUACUGUCCACAACCAGCCUUCAGCGGCGUCCAUGGCUGCAGUGGCUCAGCGGAGCAUGCCCCUGCAGACGGGAACAGCCCAGAUCUGUGCCCGGCCUGACCCCUUCCAGCAAGCUCUCAUCGUGUGUCCGCCCGGCUUCCAAGGGUUGCAGGCCUCGCCCUCUAAGCACGCUGGCUAUUCCGUGAGAAUGGAGAAUGCGGUGCCCAUCGUCACUCAAGCCCCGGGAGCACAGCCUCUUCAGAUCCAACCAGGUCUGCUUGCCCAGCAGGCCUGGCCAAGUGGGACCCAGCAAAUCCUGCUUCCCCCGGCAUGGCAGCAGUUGACCGGAGUGGCCACCCACACAUCCGUGCAGCACGCAACUGUGAUUCCCGAGACCAUGGCAGGCACCCAGCAGUUGGCUGACUGGAGGAACACGCACGCUCACGGCAGCCAUUACAAUCCCAUCAUGCAGCAGCCCGCGCUGUUGACUGGUCAUGUGACCCUCCCCGCCGCCCAGCCCUUGAAUGUGGGCGUGGCCCACGUGAUGCGGCAGCAGCCAACCAGCACCACCUCCUCCCGGAAGAGCAAGCAGCACCAGUCCUCUGCCAGAAACGUCUCCACCUGUGAGGUGUCCUCCUCACAGGCCAUCAGCUCCCCUCAGCGGUCCAAGCGCGUCAAGGAGAACACGCCUCCCCGCUGCGCCCUGGUGCACAGCAGCCCGGCCUGCAGCUCCUCCGUCACGUGCGGGUGGGGCGACGGGGCCUCCAGCACCACCAGGGAGCGGCAGCGGCAGACGAUUGUCAUUCCUGACACCCCCAGCCCCACGGUCAGCGUCAUCACCAUCAGCAGCGACACGGACGAGGAGGAGGAACAGAAGCAUGCCCCCACCAGCACUGUCUCCAAGCAGAGGAAAAACGUCAUCAGCUGUGUCACAGUCCACGACUCUCCGUACUCCGACUCCUCCAGCAACACCAGCCCCUACUCCGUGCAGCACCGCGCUGGGCACCACGGCAACGCCUGUGACGCCAAGGGGAGCCUGGAGAACCACUGCACUGGGAACCCCCGAACUAUCAUCGUGCCCCCCCUGAAAACCCAGGCCAGCGAAGUGCUGGUGGAAUGUGAUAGCCUGGUGCCAGUCAACGCCAGUCAGCACUCGUCCUACAAGUCCAAGUCCUCCAGCAACGUGACCUCCACCAGCGGUCACUCUUCAGGGAGCUCGUCCGGAGCCAUCGCCUACCGGCAGCAGCGGCCAGGACCGCAUUUCCAGCAGCAGCAGCCUCUCAAUCUCAGCCAGGCUCAGCAGCACAUCACCGCAGAGCGCGCCGGGAGCCACCGCCGGCAGCAGGCCUACAUCACUCCCACGAUGGCUCAGGCCCCGUACUCCUUCCCGCACAACAGCCCCAGCCACGGCACUGUGCACCCCCACCUGGCCGCCGCUGCUGCAGCAGCCCACCUCCCUGCCCAGCCCCACCUCUACACCUACACGGCGCCCGCGGCCUUGGGCUCCACCGGCACCGUGGCCCACCUGGUGGCCUCCCAAGGCUCAGCGCGUCACACCGUGCAGCACACUGCCUACCCGGCCAGCAUCGUCCACCAGGUCCCCGUGAGCAUGGGCCCCCGGGUCCUGCCCUCACCCACCAUCCACCCGAGUCAGUAUCCAGCCCAGUUUGCCCACCAGACCUACAUCAGCGCCUCUCCAGCCUCCACCGUCUACACUGGAUACCCACUGAGCCCCGCCAAGGUCAACCAGUACCCUUACAUAUAA